AUGUCUUCUUUCCUGGCCCCUGUUCUCUCUGACGCUGGUCGUCACCCAAUCACAAGAGCCGGCCUUCGAUUGCUGGCGCGCCGUUACAUCGGCGCUGAAUUCGAAUCUCGUGCAUGGGGCGAAUCCCACUUGUUUCAACAACUGUGGGGUGAAGACCCCCAAAGCAACCUCGCUAUAAUCCCUCUGGCGACCAAUCUUUCUCCCUUAUUGGCACAUUUGAUCUGUGCUGUCAGCACCGGAGGACUCAUGCCGGCAUGGGUCCUCCGCAUGGUGCUGACGCCAGAGUUCCUCUGGCUAGGCCUCCAUCAGACUUCCUUCAGUCUGAUGGAGGUCGGAAACAUUUCGCCUGCCGACAUUUGUCGGUGUUGCCCUCUCGUUGCCGCAGGCAACUUCACCACAAACCUCUCAUUCGAUGAGAGUUGGGUCGCCCAAAGGGCAGCUAUGGAGCUGUUCCUGCGGGUUGAUCCACCCGCCGCAUACAACAUCGCCGUGGGGACGGGAGACCCCGAGGACAUCGACAUGGACCGGGCCUCGACCCCGAUAACAUCGACUUUCCCCGAGCCGCUUGCGGCUCCACCAAUCAUCCACCUUCCGCCUCCUCCCAUGAAAUCAAAGCAAAAUAGGCGGGAUGAAAGAUCCGCGGAGGUGGAGAUCGAGACCGAGGAGAGGUCGUCGAGGAGGCUGGGUGCUGUUCUUGGCUGGGUGCCCGGGAACUGCGCCGAAUACCAGACCUCGACCUUUCGACCUUCCGCCGCCGGGGCAUCAAGUCGCGAGACUCGGUGA